UUUUCGUCUAUUGUUAGUUCAACGCAACACAACACUUUCUUUCACUCCCACAAUUCUUCUUCGUCUGGAGCUGCGAUCCUCUGCUUCGAUGGCCACCGUGCAACUCCAAUCCCUAACCCUUGUUCGCUCCUCCGCACUCCCUUCCGCCACCUUCUCCCCUCCGAUCGCCCUCUCCGGCCGCCGGAACUCCGCCUCGCUGCCGCGCUACGCCGGCCUCCGACUCCGACCCGCCGCCGAGACCUGUUUUCCGACUCGCGCCGCCUUGAGAACCGCUCCUCGCGGCGGAGGCGUCAAGUGCGAGGCAGGAGACACCGCCGUUGAAGUGGCUCCUAUUACUGAUGCAAAUUGGCAAUCACUUGUGCUUGAAUCUGAGUCUCCAGUAUUGGUUGAAUUCUGGGCUCCAUGGUGUGGUCCCUGCCGUAUGAUCCAUCCGAUAAUUGAUGAGCUGGCAAAGGAAUAUGUUGGUAGGCUUAAGUGCUACAAACUCAAUACUGAUGAAAGCCCUUCAACCGCUACUCGGUACGGGAUCCGAAGUAUCCCAACUGUCAUUAUUUUCAAGAAUGGUGAGAAGAAAGAUACAGUUAUUGGAGCUGUGCCCAAGACAACAUUGACCUCAAGCAUAGAAAAAUUCUUGUGAGGUGGUAAGCAAAGGCUUCAGCUGGAAGUAAAGCUAUUUUUCUCGUUAGCUUCCUCUCAUCUAAGCCAAAUAUCUCAAGUUUGGGUGAUUUGUUUCUUAAAUAACCAUUUAUGGUCCUGUAUAAUUAUGGAUCAACCAUAUUUUCUGUGCUGUUUACAUAAUCGUAGUUGUUGCGUAAAGUUGCUAUCUAUUAUAGUACGAUUUAAAAUUCCGUUUACAUCUUUGGCUUCCUGCUCCUUCACCUUUCACUGAACAUUGUAUGGGGUAUAAGGCAAAUUGGAUUAGAUUACUCCCCUAUAAACUUUGGGGGUCUUGCGGAUGUUAAAAAAAAAUGAGGUGUUGGGUUUUGUAAUAUUAUUCUCAAUAUUGUCAAUUUGGGAGUUUUAAGAAUGGCCUUCAACAUCUACAAAUCUUUAGGA